AUGAACCAGCAAGAUCGCAAACGUGCCUUCGGCAAUGCUUUCCAAGGUGCCUCAAAUCUCUCGAGUCAUCCGCAUCGCAAGGCCCUCCGCAGUGUCGUCGCCUCGUCUCCUGCUUCGACACCACAAAUCUUCUACGCGCCUACAUUCUCGUUCGGUUCCGACAAAGAGAACGAGACACUGUAUCUGCCCGCCCAGGACAAGUUUGCCAAGCCCUUCGAUGGCUACCGACAUCGUCUUCAGCUUCCUCCACGCACCUCAUCUCUUCGUGGUCUAUCGGAACUGCCUGUCGCCGGUAAUGGCUUUGAACAAACCUACAUCACCCCCCACAUGGAUAUAGAUCAAGGCUCGAGUUCACCACUGGAUCAGGUAUUGGGUGCUUAUUCCAACGAGCCCGGCCCCAUCGUCUUCGAGGACCCAGUCGGAGGCGUGGGUCCGUAUCGGCCAGAUCUGACGUCGCAGUCCGCUGUCGAUAUCAAUGCUGCUCGUACUAGUGUCUUCACCAUGCAGUCGACCGAUCUUCAAUACUGUUUCUCCGAGAUCCAGAAGGACGACGUCAUGAUCUCUUUCGACAAGGGCAAGCAAGUCAUGAAGCUCAACAAGUACCUCUUGUGUACAGAGUCUCGCUUCUUCGCACCGAUGCUAGACGGCCCAUCCAUUGAAGGUCAAACACGUUGCAUCCGCGUCCGCGACGACUUCCCCUACGCCAUCGCAGCCAUGAUCCAGUACAUUCAAGACGGCAUCUACAUCUUCAACCCCAAUAUGCGACACGAGUAUGAGAACAUCACCCUUCUGGACCUCCACGUCCACGCGUACGUUGUCGGAAACAAGUACGACGUCGCCAAGCUGUGCGACCACGCUAUCGGAGAGUACAUCAACAUCGUCGGAAUGGUCCUCAGUAUGGGACUGCCCUCUGGCGAAGACCCAACCGACUUCUCCCACAAUCCCGAGUUUGAUCACAAGCACAUCGAUGCCGACCCUGUCUCGUCGGUUCUCAACUCCUUCCUUGAUUCUCUGGUUCUCGUCUGGCGCAACACUACAGAUGGGAACGAUAUGUUGCGCCAAGCUGCUCUCGAGCUGCUGAAACCUCAUAUCAAUCAACUCAUGCGCUUGAAGUUCUUCCAGACGCUGAUGUUGGACUUGACGGGCUUUGGUCGUGAUCUCGUUGAUAGUCUAGUGGAGGAUGGGUUCGACGUUCAGGCUUGGCCUCCGAUGGGCGGCGUGCAGCAGAGGGCUAGGGUCAAAUUCGGUACCGCCAUGUAG